AUGGUUCCAUCUCCUGCAGAUGUAUCUCUGCCUGAUUCUCUAGAGGACCAACCAUCGCAAGAAGACCUUAUAAUUCACCCCGAUUCGGACGGGAAAUACCAAUGCGGGCGUUGCCUAAAGCGCUUCCCCUGCCACGAGCCAUAUCAAUACCACGCAACGAAGCACGGCGACGCUAUCAAACAUAUUUACAUCGGACCCAAACAGUGCGCUGCCAUAAAGCCAGAUCUUUUGGCCUUUCAUGAUGUUUAUUGCCAUCGCAGUACUCAUUAUGUUCGAGUAACUAUCUCCCAACCCUUUGGGUCCACGUCUUCAAUACAGCGGAUAGAUGAGGAAGUUGUUUUGACCUUUGGAGAAUUUUAUGGAAAAGACUUCAGUUCUACGGAAAUAUACAACUAUACCUUAGAAAGGAUGGAAGAGUUUGACAGCCAGUGUUGCAGGAGAAUUCCUGAUACAGCCGUAGUAAGGACUCUACGACAUCCAUCUUCAAAUGCGAAGACUAAUUCCAUACAGCUUAGUCCCAAGAACUUUUUGAAAUUGCUGCGAUCAUGCUUCGCAUGCAUUCCGACACCGAGACGGUCGAGGUCUAGACAUUGGCCUAGCAUUCCAGACCUGAGAGCGACAUCGCUCUAUCCGUCAACUGAGGCUACCACUGCCAACGGCGCGCAUGUUCCGGUUUCUGAUGACCUACUUUCAAUUGAGAGCCAGCCUGCAUCAUGGAAAUCUCUGGGAUGCCGUCAAGAUUCAGCCAGACCAGCAUAUUCACACCCUUCAUCACCAGCCGUGCCACAAACAGUCCUGGUUGAAGCCGCUACUACGUAUGCUGCUCCUGGUCAACUACUCAUACCACCUUUUUUUCAGGCGACAGACGUUCUUCCUAAGGGUGUUACUGGAAUUGUAGCUAUAGGUUCUUUCUACUCGACUUCCAAUGGUGUUCGCGGCCACAAGCGAGUAAAUCUUGGCGCGCUUCUUUUACACACGCGCUGCGCGAGCCAACUACGAGAUAUUGUUGGUGAGUACACUUAUGAGCAGUUGUUGGAGUUUGAGGACAAGCGCAUGGAUGUUUUGGAUCCUGUUUAUUCUGGCAUCCUACCGGAUGAUUUGCAAAUUGGAGUAGGCGAAGAAGUUCCGUUGGAGGAAUGCUCUCCAAUGCUUCAAGCCCAAGUCUUCAAUUGCCUUGGUAUUUGA